GCGUGGCGCGGUGUGGCGGCACGGCCGGGCAGGGAGGCGGGCGGGCGGCGUAGGGCAGCGGCUGGGCUCUGGCGGGCGUUCCGCAUUUCGCGGCGCUUUGUAUGGAGGGUGGCGGCAGCCAGCUGGACCCCGGCUUCUCGCAGCAGGACACGCCCCGCCUGAUCGUGGAGGAUUCGCAGCCUGAGGGCGCCAAGGACGCGGAGCAGGCCUGUCUCGGUGUGCUUGCUCGGCGGCUGCCGGCCCGGCGGAGCCCGAGCCCCGUGCUGGAGAUCGUCCGCAGUCGUGCCGGCAGCCGGGCACCUGCGGCUGGAGGGGCGGACCGGGAGCGGCCCACAGGUAAGAGCUGUGCUCGGGGCUGCGGCUCGCCUCGGGGCUGCAGUCGUGCUAACGGCGCUCUGCUUGCAGAGCCCAUGGAGAGCGCUGCGCGCCCGAGCGCCGCCGGACCGCGAGGCCGCGUCGCUGAGGAGGUGCCGCCGCCCGGCGGGGAGCGCAGUGCCGAUGGAAAGGCUGGAGGCGGUGGAGGUGAUGGUGAGGAUUGUACUACUUCGUCGUGUAUAGAAGACACAGGCAUCUCACAGCUGCAGUUUGGAGCUUUAGAGCUCUCGCAGAGCCAGGACUUUGAGAGUGACUUCAUGCCCAGUGAAGGAGAUGCUAGGCAUCAGUUUCACCUUGGAGCUGAUGGACUUGCAAAGAAUGAUGCUACGGAUGAACUGCCUAGGGACAGCACGGAAAUUCUCUCCAGCACAGAAGUAUGUACUGCUUUGGAAGGCCAGCCAGAGAAGUCUGAAAGGUCAGUGACUGUGUCUUGCAUUUCCAGAGCUCUGCAGGAAGCAGAACAACGUACCAGGAAACAACUGCCUGUCUGUGACCCCACUAAAACUGAGAAAUCCCUCGAUUCUGGUCACCAGGAGUUGAAUAUCUUGUCAAGUCAGGAAGAGAUGUUUCCUGAGAAUAAUGCAACAGGGAGUGGCUGCCCGAUAACCAGGGUGGAAGAAGGAAGUUCCCUGGCAUGCACUCCUGCCCACAGUCUGCAACUUCUGCAGCUGUCUGGACAGGGUUCCCUUGUACAGGAAGGUCAUUUCACUGGCUUUUCAGGUCUAGUUAUUCCUCCUCCUGUUGCCUUUGGAUCCAGUGCUCUUGUCCCCAGCAGUCCUACUGAAGAGGAGCAAACAAAAGAUGAACAGAUGGAUAUAUCUAGCCCUGCAGAAGGAAGGGAGGUGACGCAGAAGAAGAGAGGAGAUAAUCUAACGGAGAUGGCCAUUCCAUAUAUACCACCAGGACCUCCUGUCUUGCCACAGGCUUCAACUCCAGUGUCCCAGAGUGCCCCAGCCUUUUUUCCAGGAUCUUUACCCAUACCAUCGCAACCACAGUUCUCUCAUGAUAUCUUUGUUCCAACUCAGAGCCCAGAGAAGAAGCAUGAAGAAAAAGCUGCUGCUUUAACCCUUUUAUGCUUACCAGAAGAUCUCUCUCGACCCACAGAUGCUUUGUCAAAGAUGUCUGCAAGUGGCACUGCAUCUCAGCCUUCUGAGUCCUGUAAGCUGAUGCUUUCUGCAAGUGAAUGUAGCCAGCCCACAGAUACAGAUGUCAGUUCAGGUUCUCUGAACACCAGCCAAGACAGCAAAACCACACAGGUAGAGAUGAUUCCUGAAUGCAGGGCCUCAGACUUGAGACUCUCUUCUUUGGAGAAUGAUGAUACAAAACUGAGGCUGGAUGCAGGUGAUCAAGUCCUCUCUGAAAAUUGUGAAAAGGCGAAAGAGGAGGAUUUACAGACCUCGAGAAAGCCUGUAAUGCAGUUAGCUAGUGCAGAUGUAGCAGGAUAUGGGUCAUUAGCCCCUACAGCUCAUCAGAAGAGUGAGUGUGUUUCUGGAAGUCAGGCUGCUGCAGAUCAGGCUGGUCUGCCUAAGAUUUUGUCAUACAGUCAGGGUAGAGAAGCCCAGUCUGAGGAUUAUCCACUGCAGGAGACUUCUGAACAUGAGGCAGUUCCUGAGACUCAGUGUGAAGAACAAGAAGAAGAACUGCAGGAAAAAGAGAAGCAAAUAAAUGAAGAUGGGUCCUUUGUUAAUAUACUGCUUUCUCAGAGGUGUAUACUUGACAGGGAAGUACAGUGUCAUGAAGAUAUGAAAGUGGAAUUUGCUGAUAGUUCCUGUAAAAAUAACAAAAAUUUGCCUGCUGAGGCCCAAGAAUUAGAAAAGAUUGGACCAAAAAGCUGGGAAAAAGAAACUUCAAAAGGUUGUACUUUCGGCACUGGAGAGGCAAAGAGCAUGGAUAAAUUGUCCUUCAAGACUGCUUCAGAAAACAUGCCAAAGUUCAAUAAAGUUUUAUCUAAGCCUUCUGUAGGGGAGUUACUGGAACAGCACAACAAUUUGUUUCCUAAGUUAAAGCACGAUGUUCCAUCAGAAAUGGUGGUGUGUGCCAAGAAACAUCCAGGUGGUUCAGAAUCAGGACAAAUGACGGGGAGUCAGCCACUACUUCAGGAGAGAGGGGAUGACCUGCUAGUGACUCAGCAGGAGAAUCAGGUGCCAGAGAAUGCAGAGGACACACUUACGAGAAGGAAUCUGGAGCAAGAAGAGCAGGUGCAGCCACAAGAGAAGGCAGCUGCUAAAUCCCACAGUCCUUCCAGUGGAAGUCCGUUUCAUUUUACUUUGCCAAAGGAGGGUGAUGUCAUUCAGCCCUUGACCAGCAUAACGCCACCGCUUAUUGGCCAGCUUAAAAUGGGACCCAGAAGACAUAGCACACCAAUUGUGGAUGAUAGUUGCCCAGACAGCACUAUGGCAACUAGUGAUGUUACAGCAGAGGUGACCAACAAUGUCACUGUGGAAAGUGCAGUGGUAUCAACAGAUGUGUCAGAAAUGUGCGACAAAGGAGAUUCUUGUGUGGUUCCUGAGGCUGAUGCAAAACUCUCACUGCGAAUGAACCUUGUUACGCCUGUGAAUGAUGGGAGUGAGGAGUCCCUGCCAUUCAGCUUGGAAAAGCCUGCAGUCAGUGACGGGAAAAAUGGAGCCUCUGCUGCUGCUGGGGCUGCUACCAGCUCCCAGAAAACAUCAUCUGUGUUUAGUCGUGUCUGUGAAGUUCGUCGAGAGGAUGAGGCCAGAAGUCAUGGUUUUUCCACUUCUCCAUUUAGGGGGAAUCUGUUCAGUUUUCCUGGCACUCAAGAAGAUGCUGAAUUACAAAACAAUUCAAGUGGUUGGCCGUACCAGCAAAACAAAGGAGGUGAUAGUGCUCGACAGAUAAAAAUUUCUCAGAGGAUGCAGCAGGACUGCUAUCAACACCCUUCUGAUGCAGAGGGUGGAGAAUCUGUGGAGACUGGUAUUGUAAGCACUGAGACAAAAGAAGAGAGGAGGAUGCAGAAGAAACCAAGUAAAGCUGUUAAAAUUGAUGAAAGCCAAGAGAGAUGGGCAAAUACCAGGAAUAAAGGGAUUCAGACUACAGCGGACUGUCUUGUUACCCCAACAACUGUUACAGCAGCAACCCAGACAUCAGAAGAAAUCUAUAGGCAGGUGGAAGUGGGAACCAGUAUGUCUGGGCAAAGACCUGGACAGCAAGAUGCAAAUGUCCAAACUGAGGAGAGUGGGGAAAAGAUUCUGAAUGCCUCUGGAGAGGAUACAGACUCUCUGCACAGUCAGGGAGAGGAGGAGUUUAAUCUUCUUCAUCCGCCCAAAGGCCGAGUGCAGCAUCGCCACAUGCGAACUAUUCGAGAAGUACGCACUGUCGUAACGCGGGUUAUAACUGAUGUUUACUACAUAAAUGGUGCAGAGGUGGAACGAAAGGUAGUUGAGGAAACUGAAGAUCCUGUAGUGGAGUGCCAGGAGUGUGAGACUGAUGCAUCCUCCUCUAGAACUGCAGUGGGCUCAUCACUGACCUCAGGAGACCUUGGGGAUGUCAGCUCCUUCUCAUCUAAGGCCUCAAGCCUCCACCGUACAUCCAGCGGAGCAAGCAGUGGUCACUCUGCCACACACAGCAGCAGUAGCAGCUCAGGGCGAGGAACUGGAGCUGCCAAAGGGAAAGCGUGUGGGACAGGAACUGGAGAGUUUGCUUUACCCGUUGGCAGGGGUGUCUUAGGAAAAUUAAGCCCUAGGAAAGGAGCUGGUCAGCCAGCAUCUUCACUCAGAGUUAGCCAGACAGGAGCACUACCUUGUGAGGAAGAGGAGGAAUCUAUGCCUGGUACUCGUCAGGGUGGCAAAGCACCUGUGACACCUCGUGGGCGAGGAAGAAGAGGCCGCCCACCAUCUCGAACAGCAGGAACAAGAGAUUUAGCUGGACUGCCAGCUAUGGAGGAUCUCUCAACUACAGCAUCACCUGAGGACAAAUCAUUUACUCGUUCAGUUCGCGUGCCAGAUGGAGGGGAGAAACCCAACACUUCUGGCUUCUGUGCCUUACGUCGAAGUAAUUCCCCAGAAAUCCCGUUACAAGUGGUGACUGGUCCUUUGGAGUGCACAGACUCAUCUCCUGGGAGCAGCUUUGUGGGACUCAGGGUGGUAGCAAAGUGGUCCUCGAAUGGGUACUUCUAUUCCGGGAUGAUUACCCAAGAUGUUGGGGCAGGAAAGUACAAGCUGCUCUUUGAUGAUGGAUAUGAAUGUGAUGUGUUAGGAAAAGAUAUUUUACUCUGUGAUCCUAUCCCACUGGAGACUGAGGUGACUGCAUUGUCAGAGGAUGAGUACUUUAGUGCAGGUGUGGUAAAGGGACAUCGGAAGGAGUCUGGAGAGCUAUACUAUUGCAUUGAAAAGGAAGGCCAGAGAAAGUGGUACAAACGAAUGGCUGUUAUCCUGUCUCUGGAACAAGGAAAUAAGCUACGGGAGCAGUUUGGACUAGGACCUUAUGAACCCGUCACCCCCCUGAACAAAGCAGCUGACAUCAGUCUCGAUAAUCUCGUGGAGGGGAAGCGGAAGCGACGUAGUAACCUUGGUUCUCCCAGCACUUCCAGCAGCAGCACAACUCCCACUCGUAAAGUGCAGGAGAGUCCACGCAUCCAACCGGGCACACUGUCUGGGAAAAGGAAACUUAUUGCUUCUGAAGAUGAGAGAUCCCCAGCUAAACGUGGCCGCAAGUCAGCAGUGAUAAAGCUUGGGGCUGUGCGAACUGGAGAAUCUGUAAGCACCUGUGAAGGUGUAGAUGCUGUAGAUCCCCCAGUACUGGAGGACCAUCAUGGACCCUUGCCCCAUAAUAAGACUCUCUUUUUGGGCUAUGCCUUUCUGCUCACCAUGGCAACACCCAGUGACAAAUUGGUCAAUCACCAGAAGCCAUCAGAUGGUCCUGCAGGGAGCAGCGAGGAGGAAGAAGAGUUUUUAGAGAUAACUCCAUAUGACAAACAUUACAUAGCACAGCAGCUGCGAGCAGGAGCUGGUUAUAUUCUGGAAGACUUCAAUGAAACCCAGUGCAACGCAGCGUAUCAGUGUCUUUUAAUUGCGGAUCAGCAUUGUCGAACUCGGAAAUACUUGUUGUGCCUUGCCAGAGGGAUCCCUUGUGUGUCUCAUAUCUGGGUCCAUGACAGCUGUCACGCUAACCAGCUUCAGAAUUACCGAAAUUACCUUUUGCCAGCUGGUUAUAGCCUCCAGGAGCAAAAAUUGCUGGAAUGGCAUCCAAGAGAAAACCCAUUCCAUAACCUGAAGGUUCUCCUGGUGUCAGACCAGCAGCAGAACUUCCUGGAUUUGUGGUCUGAAAUUCUCAUGACAGGGGGAGCAGCAUCUGUUAAACAGCAUUACUCAAAUGCUCACAACAAAGAUCCUUGUCUUUCUUCCUGUGCAGAUAUUCCUUUGGGUGUUUAUGAUGUGGUGGUGACUGAUUUUUCCUGCCCAGCUGGUGUCUUGAAGUGUGCUGAAGCUUUACGACUGCCUGUUGUCUCCCAAGAGUGGGUGAUCCAGAGCCUUAUUGCUGGGGAGAGAGUAGGCUACAACAAACAUCCAAAAUACAAACAUGACUAUGCCCCCCACUAAACAAAAGCUUUGCUUUGCUGUCCCACUGUUGUGCAGACUGUGUUUUAAUCGGGUUUUAGAUAUUUGUGUAAUUGGACAGUGUGCAUGGAUUACUGUAUAUAGUUUUAUCUGCUGGACUUUUAUGAUUAAAUAAAUGUUCAAUCUCUUGUGGUA